AUGGUGAAGGAUGAUGUGACGAUUAUUGGGUUCUUUGCUACAGAAUCUUCUUCCGCUUUUGAGGCCUUCUCUGAUGCUGCGGAAAUGCUUCGCGAGGAGUUCAAAUCCAUGGGCUAUGUAUCGGAUCCGAAAGCUUUCAAAAAGUACGAUGCAAAACCGAAUGACAUCAUCAUCUUUUAUCCUUCUCUUUUCCAAAGCAAAUUCGAGCCUAAGAGCAGGACAUUCAACAAGGCAGGCGCUACUCUCGAAGAGCUGUUGUCGUUCUUUCGCGAUCAUUCUGCUCCUCUUGUCGGCAAGCGAACUAGAAGCAAUGUCGCUACCCGAUACUCUAAAUUCCCACUUGUUGUCGUCUAUUACAAUGCAGAUUUUUCGCUGCAGUACCGAGAGGGUAGCGAAUACUGGCGUCAGAAAGUCCUUAAUAUCGCACAAAAGUAUCAAAAAGAUGAGUACAUCUUCGCAGUGUCUGAUGAGGAGGAAUUCGCUGAGGAACUCGAAAGCGUCGGUUUAGCGGAUUCCGGACUAGAACACAACGUUAUUGCGUUUGAAUAUGAUAGCAAAAAGUAUCCGAUGGACCCCAACGAAUUUGAUGAUGAGCUUGAAGAAAAUCUGGAAGGCUUUAUGAAGAAAAUCAGUGGUGGCAAGGCUAAAGCUUUCGUCAAAUCUGCUCCCCUACCUCGUGAUGAUAAGGGUCCUUUGCGGACGCUGGUUGGAUCAAACUUUGAUAAGAUUGUUAACGAUGAAAGCAAGGAUGUGCUUAUUGAAUUCUAUGCUCCAUGGUGUGGUCAUUGCAAGGCUUUUGAGCCAAAGUACAAAGAGCUUGCAGCAAAUCUGAAGAAAACGCAACCAAAUCUGAUUAUAGCUAAAAUGGACGCUACCGCUAAUGAUGCUCCUUCUGCAUAUUCAGUUGGAGGAUUCCCUACCAUUUACUUUGCACCCAGCGGAAAGAAAAAGAUUAUCGCAGUUGUUCUAAUUGCCUUCGCGAUCACUUCGGUGAUUGCAUUCGUGUCGACAAUUGCGCUUACUGCCGUAUGCCUGGCCAUCUUUCCGGCUUUCUGUGUUAAUAAUCCGCAUUUCAAGUCGGAUGUAUGCCCGCAAGGCAGUUCUACCAAGAAAUCGCCAGGCGGACUUACCAAUGGCCACCGCCAGGUCGGAUUUGCAGAAGACCGCAGGAUUACCCGCGACGUCGAAGUUUUAGCCAACCUUCUCGUUCACCAUCAUCAUCCUCUCCGAGGGGAGGGUAUCGCUACUAAAUCGAAGGUUGAAUGA